UAAUUUAUAUAUAAUUAUUUAUAUACUAUAUAAUUUCAAAAAAUCUAUAAUAUAUUAACUUCUCCAUCGUCUAACUUAAUAAUUAUUAUUAUAUGUCAAUGAUCAUUAUCUGAAAGUACAUUUAUCAAAACGUUAAUUCUAUAUAUGGUAUUUGCUAACACAUGGAUAAAGUGACACUUGGAACUUAAUAAAACAAAAACUUACACGCUUAGAAUUAAAUUAAAGAAAGAUUGAGAAAAUAAAACUAAUAAUUCGAUUAAAGGUAAAGGUAAUAAAAUAGUAACAUUUAUUCUUCCUUUCUGAAAUAUGUUUUUUUUGUUAAAGGUAAAACACCAUGUUUUAUUUUAAGUUGUUCUUAAGUUGCUCUUGAUGAAUAAAUUAAUUUUGUUAUUUAUAACUUCAUAUAAUUGAUCAUAAGUUAGUUAUAAUUAAAAAUUCUCAUAAAAUUAAAAAGAAAAUAAUUCAUGUAUAUUGUGUUGUUAUCCAAAAUAUAAUAAUUUUCUUUUAGUAUGAUAAACUUGUGAAUAUAUAUUUAUCAAGUAGAAACAAAAUUCUAAAUAACUAGGAGGAAUAUUUAGUGGUUUUGGUAAUUUUAAGUAUCUAAAAACAUCAUUGUCUAAAUAAUAUGUUUGUCAUAUUAUUGAAAAAUAAUAACUUUAAAGAUAAAAUAUUAAUUAAAAUAGAAAUACAAAAUUUUAUUACUAUUGUUUUGAUUGAUGUUAUAACUCAAUCUAAAUAAUUUUAACUUAAUUAUAUUUUCUAAAUUAUUAUUUAUUUAGAAAAUAGAAAUAACUGAUAAUCAAAAACCACAAUGCACUUAAUAAUAAAUAUUAGUAAACUAUUAGACCCGGACAAAACACCUAGUUUUAAUUAAAAUUGGGUAAUAGGAAAGCAAAGCAGAGUAAAUAAAGGAGUGUGAGUGGCAACGUAUAAUGUCAGUCGUGGAUUCAAUUGUAUAAAAAGAAAACUCAAAUAAUUUCAUUAAAUACUUUGAUUCUCUUCUCUCUCGCAGAGUACAUGUCGAGCAGCUUUGAUUACAAACAAUAAUUUAUAUCACCGGUUUAGUAUUGGUACGAUGACGAUGAAGCAACAAGAUCAGGCAGCUCAACAACCCGAGAUUGCUAUAAUCGUGGGGGGUUCAUCUUCCUCAUCUCCUCCUCAGGUGUGCUUUGUCUCCAAACAAAAACAAAAAAAAUCUUUGUCUCUUCCCUUUAAAACCUUAUAAGGUUUAAUUAUUCUGGGUUUGUAGAUUAUUAGGUAAAUCUUAUAGCUUUUCAUCAUACCAUGCGCCUUAUGUGGAUGAAGAAUCGCUUGAAAACGUUUCUUUAUUGAUCGUGUGUAACUUUGAUAAAAACUUGAUGAUCAUGAUCAUCAUAAUUGAUAAAAAAAAUUAUAAUAAUUCUCACAUACCAUGAAAAAGAGCUUAAAAUACAUUAAUACAAAUUUAGAAUGUGAUUAAAAAUUUAAAACAACACUAAAGAUUAUAGGCUUCAGUAUAUAAAGUAUUUAGUAUUUACCAAAAAUACAAUAUUUUUAUAGGAGGUUAACACAUAAAUAUUGACAAAAUUUUAAAAAAUAUGACAAUAUUGUUUUAAUGCAUAGUUGUAUCUCGUACUAAUAUAUGAUGAUGGUCAAAGAGGUUUGAAACAUUUUUUGCUUUAUUAGUUUUGUGGAGAUUAUUGAUAAAUCCUGAUAAGAAUUCAUUGGAUUUGUACCAGAAAAGAAAAGGGAGAAGAUCUAAAAGAUCUGGAAUUUUUUUUCUUAUUUAUGUUAUCUUUUAUAAAGAGCCAUUUUGACUACAUACAAAAUCUUAAAACUAAUAAAGGAUAUUUACAAUAUUAAUUUAUAAUUAUAAAAAUCUCUAUACAAGAGAUUAACCCAUUGUUGAUUUGUAGUAACCUUUUGCCUUACGUCCUAGGGUUAAUUCAGAAGUUGUUGAUGUCUGAAUCUAUUCAACGCACUUCGAUGAUAACGAACGUCACGAACCCCAUGGAGCUCGGCAAGGAGACACGGCCUACGGCUACAGGGAUGCCUAAGGCGAAUGGCGGCUCUCUACUGGAUUCUUCCGAUGAUGUCGAAGAGGGUGGUGUAGGCGACGUUAACGAAGAACAGGAGGAGAAAUGCGAGGAAAGCGACGCGUCCAGCCGCGAGGAAGGCCAAGAAUGGGAAGUGGAUAGUUUCGACGAUGGAUUCGACUACAGACCUAGAAGGAAUCUUGAUCCCAACGAUGAGAUAGGUCAGAAGAUGCAUCGGUACAGAUCUUCCAUGUACAAGAGCAAGGGAUUCGACGUUGAUAUAGAUAGCUACCCGGGGAGCCUACUCUACAGACAACUCUUCCCCAUCGAUCUCGAUGAACCAUUUGAAUACAGUGGUGCUAAUGGACUUACUGGCCGUGAGUACAUGAAAAGCAUGGUUGAUUUGGCCCUGGAAAGAUACAACAAGAUCAAGGGGUUAACGGUGACAUGUGAAUCUAUUGUGAGGUCUAUCAUUGAUUUGGCGUGUGGGCUCAAAUGCUACAUUACCUUUAUGGCCAGAGAGUCUUCAAAUGGUGAUCUACUUGUAGAGUACCAGGCAAAAACAGACAAGAGAAUUUGGCAAAAGAAAACUCAUGUCAUCUUUUGCAGGCCAACUCCAGAACCCAAAGAGCCGAUGGAUGUUGAGUACUCGGAUUCUACCACCGAUGGGGAGUCUAGUGAUGAGUCCAGUCGUGAAAGUGAACAAGCAUGGGAUGUGGAUAGUUUCGACGAGGGAACCGAUUUCAAACCCCCAACGAAGACAGCUCCCUCAGAGGAAGAAAUUGAAAAAAUGCGUCUAUAUAGACCUCAGAUGUACAAGAAUAAGGGUUUCUUUGUUGAUGGAGAAGUCUACCCGGGACGACUUCGUUACUUUUCUCCUGUUGAUCUUGAUAAUCAAUUAUAUCCUACCGGGCUUACGGGUCGCCAGUACAUGGAAAACAUGGUAGAUGUGGCCCUGAACAAAUACAAUGAGAUGAAGGAGGGAUCCAAACUAACAUUAGAAUCUAUUGUGAGGGCUAAUCUGAGCAAGGUGAAUGGGUUCAAGUCAUACAUCACGUUUAUGGCUAGAGAGAUUGACAAUGGAGAUCUUGUGGAGUAUCAAGCUAAAGUAGAGAGGAAGUUUUGGCAAAGGGAUUAUCAUGCCAUCCUUUGUAGGCCAAGUCCAAAAUCAGAAGGUGGGGAGAUAUGCUGAUCCGAGAGAUGGAUGUGCAGCAGCUGCAGCGGAAUCAUAUAAACUGUGGUUGGAGCAUGAGAAUAGGACUGAUGAUAUCACAAUUAUCAUUCUACAGAUAAAAAACCUGUCUAAUGAAUGAUAAUGAUCAUGAUGAUGGCAUUAUUCGGUAUUCCUAUUUUCCCCCUUUGUUUGUUUUUCUGUUGUAUACUCUUACUAUGUCACAUAUUCAUCAUAUAUAGCAAGUGAAAGUAAUGCUCUCUCUUUAUAUCAUGUGUAUGAGCUUCUUUCAAAUAUCUCUGGCUACUAAGAGAGAGCAAUAAUGUCAUGUGUAUGAGCUUCUUUCACACAUCUCUGACAUUGUAUCAUGCCAGGUUAUUUAUAUCACAAUUAUCAUUGUACA